GUGACGGCCGGAGCGCGGGUCACGAGCGCGGCGCAAUGGCCUCGGAGCGGGACGUGCGCGCCCGGCUGCGACAGGCCGGCCAGGAGCACCUCCUGCGCUUCUGGGACGAGCUGGCGCCAGGGCCCCGCGCCGCGCUGCUGGCCCAGCUGGCCGAACUGGACCCCGUGGCGCUGCGCGAGCACUGCCAGCGGGCGGCGGCGGCCUGCGCGCGCCCUCCGGGCCCGUGCCCCGAGCUGGCCGCGCGCCUGCGGCCCCUGCCCCCUGAGCGUGUGGGCAUCGCGAGCCGCGGAGACCCCGAGGCGCGGCGGCGCUGGGAAGAAGAGGGUCUCCGGCAGAUCGCCCUGAACAAGGUGGCGGUUCUGCUGCUGGCCGGCGGGCAGGGCACUCGCCUGGGCGUGGAUUACCCCAAGGGCAUGUACCGCGUGGGGCUGCCCAGCCAGAAGACCCUCUACCAGCUGCAGGCCGAGCGCAUCCGGAGGGUACAGCAGCUGGCCGGGGAGCGCCACGGGGUCUGCUGCACUGUGCCCUGGUACAUCAUGACCAGCGAGUUCACACUGGGACCCACGGCCACCUUCUUCCGUGAGAAUGGCUUCUUCCAGCUGGACCCCUCCAACGUGGUCCUGUUUGAGCAGCGUAUGCUGCCUGCCGUGAGCUUCGAGGGCAAGGCCAUCCUUGAGCGCAAGGACAAAGUUGCUCUGGCACCAGACGGAAACGGUGGCCUGUACCGCGCACUGGCUGACCACCAGGUCCUGGAGGACAUGCAGCGCCGUGGAGUGGACUUUGUCCACAUCUACUGCGUGGACAAUAUCCUCGUGCGCCUGGCAGACCCCGUCUUCCUGGGCUUCUGUGUGUUGCAGGGUGCUGACUGUGGCGCCAAGGUGGUGGAGAAGACAGACCCCCAGGAGCCCGUGGGCGUGCUCUGCCAGCUGGAUGGCGUGCCCCAGGUGGUGGAGUACAGCGAGAUCAGCCCUGAGACCGCGAGCCUUCGGGCAUCCGACGGCAGCUUGCUCUACCACGCGGGCAACAUCUGCAACCACUUCGUCACUCGGGGCUUCCUGCAGACAGUCACCAGGGAAUUUGAGCCUCUGCUGCAGCCGCACGUGGCCGUGAAGAAGGUCCCACAUGUGGACGAGCAGGGCGUUCUGGUGAAGCCGCUGAAGCCCAAUGGCAUCAAAAUGGAGAAGUUUGUGUUUGACGUGUUCCCGUUUGCCAGCAACCUAGUGGCCUUCCAAGUGCAGAGGGAGGAGGAGUUUUCGCCGCUGAAGAACGCGGACGGGGCGGCCAGCGACAGCCCCUCCUCGGCCCGGCGUGCCCUGCUGGCUCAGCACUACCGCUGGGCCCUGCGGGCCGGUGCCCGCUUCCUGGACGCGCAGGGCACCCCCCUGCCUGAGCAGCUCUGCCUGCCACCCAACGAAGACCCUCCGGCCAUCUGCGAGAUCUCACCCUUGGUUUCUUAUGCGGGAGAGGGUCUGGACGUGUAUUUGCGAGGCCGGACGCUCCGGUCCCCAUUCAUCCUGGACGAGACUCAAGCCAGGGAGUUGCUGAUGCCCCAGGAUUCCUAGCCCACAGUCAGGCUGGUCCUGAGGCCCGGGUGCCUGGCCUGCAGAACUCGGAGGAGACGUGUCGCGCGGAACCAGCUCACCAGCCCUGUCCCCACAGCGGGAUUGUGACGCUGACCUGUGCCCUCCUGGCCCCCACAGCCUGGAUGGCAGAGCAGCUGGGACACCUGUCCGCCCCGCCCAGCGGGGACCCUGGUCUCCCUGGGGGCAGUCCCUGCAGGCUGGGCUGAUGGAGCUGGGUGGGGCCGGCUGAGCCCUGGCCCCCUGGUGCUUUCCCUGGCUCUGUCGGUCUGCUGCUAAGGUGUGCCUUGUGCCCCGCAGGCUGCCCACAGUAACUGGCACCUCUUGGCUCUGCAAGUGCAGCGCUACACUUUUGAACGCGUUUUCACAUUUCGGAUGGCCAUAAACCUACAUACAAUUAUGUACACGUCCUGUGUCCUUCAUGCGGCCACCCACACACACGGCCUGACUCCGUCUAGUGUCCCACCAGGUCCCCGGCCCGUGUGCACCUGUGCUGCCGGUGCUGGACAGGACCCCAGGUCCAUGUGCACACACAGGCCCGUAUUCGGGCACGUGGCCGGCUCCUGCCCUGGCACUGGUGCGCCAUGGCCUGGGACGCAUGGGGUCACCGUGGGCUGCCCCGGCAAGGCGGUUCCGACCCCACAGCCCCGCGCGCCACAGGGUCCCCGCGUGCCCAGGG